AUGGGCUUCGAGAGAAAAGGUUCAGACAAGGAUACGUCUGCAACAGAGAUGAAAUUAACCGCAGCUCAUCAAACAGCUGUAAAAGUAAUCAGGAGAAUGCAAUAUUUCGUAGCUAAAAGAAAAUUUCAGCAAGCUCGGAAACCGUAUGAUGUUCGCGAUGUGAUUGAACAGUACUCACAAGGACACCUCAAUAUGAUGGUUCGGAUAAAAGAGCUUCAAAGAAGAUUGGACCAUUCCUUGGGAAAGCCAGGCCUUUUCCUCCCAGAAAAAGGGGUAGACAAAGGAUACUAUACUGUAGGAGCCAGACUGAUCCGACUAGAGGAUAAGGUGCUGCAGAUGGACCAGAAGCUAGAUGACAUCCUUAAUGCGCUCCAGGUUCAGCUUGGGGAUCAGCCACGGACAGAGAUGCCAGGGCCAGCCACCACACCUGUCAGAAAACAGACAGCCUUGGAUUCUGCCCCCAGCAACCAGAAAAAUUAA